AUGGCCUCGUCUAGCGAUAAACCCGAACCCGAACCCGAAAUCCAAACUUAUACUAGAAGUACUACUAGUUCUCGCCCUGCCAAUUGCUUUGGGUGUGAUUUGUUUCUUAGGAUUUUGUUAAUAGGAGCAUCAGUGACAUGUGUUGUGGUUAUGAUUUUUGGGAAGCAAACAAAAGAGUUCUACUCAACAUAUGAAGACUUUGACGGGCCUGUGUAUGCUUCUUCCUCGGCCGAAUUCACUAACUCACCAGCUUAUAUAUACUUCAUAGUGGCAUUAUCAGUGGCAGUUGUUUAUAGUAUUGUCACGGCUCUUGCAUCUUUUGCAGCCCUCUUGAAGUCAUCGCUCUCAACAAUCUUCCUCGUCGUUUUUGCCUUUUUGGACCCGUUGAUGCUGGGAGUAGUGGUCUCUGCGGCUGCAACACUAGGCGCUGUGGCAUACAUAGAACUGAAGGGAAACGAGGAUUUGGGGUGGAGAAAAGUGUGCCAUGUUUACACCAAGUACUGUAAACAUGUUGGAAGCUCUUUUGGGGUCUCCUUGUUCGCCUCUUUUUUGCUUGUUUUCCUUAUCUGGAUAUCCGCUUCUACACUUUACAGAAGAGUCCCCAAAACAAGGCUUUGA